UCGGGAAUCGGGCGGUGUUUGUAAAUAUUAAGCCCGUUUGAUUUUCAUAUUUUAUUUACUCAAAUGGACCUUACGAUUAUACAAUAAUUCUUGGCUAUCAUAAGUGUGAAUUAUUUACCAGUGCUUAGAAUGAGUUGUUAAUGUAAUUAAAAGUGUUUUGAAUAAAAUUAUAAAUCCAAAAUUAAAUAAAAAGGUGGAUGAAGAUGGUGUCUUCCGGAGUGAAAAGCGGUCUGUUCAUGGGCUUCGGGUCAGCGCUGGUCCUUAUCGGUGCUAUCGUAGUAGUAUACUGGCCUUCCCUCUUCAUGGCUCAGUUACAGAGGAUGAUGAUCCUAUCGCCGACCUCAACGUCGUUCGGCAUAUGGCAGGAGACUCCAAUACCGAUGUACCUGGAAUGCUACAUGUUCAACAUAACGAACGCGGAUAAGAUCCUCGCGAAAGAGGACGUAAUACUGAAAGUGGAGCAGUUUGGUCCUUACGUGUUCAGGGAGUCACAUUCUAAAGUGAACCUGACUUGGAAUGAUAACAGCACAAUCACAUUCUACAAUCAGAGAUUUUGGCACUUCGACCAGAAUUUGUCGAAGGGAAGUCUUUCGGAUGAGAUUAUCAGCAUCAACCCUAUAAUAGCGACUGUGGCGUACAUUGUCAGACACCAGCCCAGGGUCGUCAAGGUGUCCGUUGACGUUUUCCUGCGAAUGUUCCACGACGACCUCUUCCUGAAGGCGAACGUCUCGUCCUGGCUGUUCGAAGGCAUCGAAGACCCGGUUUUGGAGAUGGCCCAAAAGUUUCCCGAUCUACCCUUGAAUAUACCGUACGACAAAUUCGGAUGGUUCUAUGAGCGCAAUGGCUCGAGGGAAUUUGACGGUUCGUUCAUAAUGAACACGGGAGCGGCGGACUUCUCGCGGCUCGGCAACAUUGAGCUGUGGAAGUACUCCCCCAGGACCGUGUUCAGGGACCACUGUGGAGACGUGAAGGGGUCCACUGGGGAGCUAUGGGCCCCAGAGCUGGGGCAACCCGAGUUGUUCGUCUUCGCGUCCGACAUAUGCACAUACCUGACACUGCACAAGAAGGAAGACGUGCUGAUAGAAAACAUAGAGGGCGUUCGGUACGCGGCCAAUGACUCGCUGUUCGACAACGGACACAACUAUCCCGCAAUGGCGUGCUACUGCGACGAGGUUAGGGACCGGGACUGCGUGCCCCCCGGCGCCCUCAACGUGUCCCUGUGCCGCCUGGGAGCCCCGGCCUUCGUGUCCCAGCCGCACUUCCUGGACGCGGACCCGUACUACCCCAGCAAGAUCCAGGGUCUGGACCCGCAGGAGGAGCACAGGUUCAGCCUGGCGCUGGAGAUGUUCACCGGGAUGCCGCUGGCCGUGUCCGCGCAGCUGCAGAUCAACCUGCUCAUCAGAGAUGUCUGGGGGAUAAGUAUCAACAACGUGUUGCCGGACCCAGACACGAUGGUGCCGAUGUUCUGGUUCCGGCAGGAGCUGCAGGUGACGCCGGAUUACGCGCACAUGGCCAGAGUAGCCCUGGCGCUGCGAUACUACACUCCAUACGCGCUCUAUGCCCUCACCGUAAUCGGCGUGGUCCUCAUAUUAGUAGGUGUAGUCGUACUAAUCAGAAGACUUCUGAAUUCAUCAGACACGACGCCUCUCAUAGAAGAAAGUGCGUCACAAGAGAAUCACCAAUAAUCGAAAAUUUAAUAUACUAUUUUAAAUAUAAAUAUUAAUAGGUACUUUCGGUUCGAAUUCCGGCAACCCUCUCGUAGGUUUGUCCGAAUCAAGCCGAUUGUAUAGAACUUGUGAUUUAUGUGACAGGGUGACGAUAGAUAUAUAUUUGCUAAAGUAAUUUAUCGAUUCUUCGUUUGACAGCGAAUAUUUUUAUUAUCAGUUUUAACGAAUAUCUAAAUAAAAUGCCGCCGCCGAUUAUUUAAAAACGAUAAUUUCGUUAAUUCCUCAAAGAUCUUCCAUUAACGUCAACAAAUAAUGAAAUAUUAAAAUUGAUUCGGUUUUAAUGAUAUAUAUAAUUUGUCGCUUUCUCGCUUACCGUAUCUCGAACAAGAGCGAGAGAGACGAAUAGUUAGAACUGAAUUUAGUUGGAACAAUAGGACCGUUAGUGACUGAAUGUAAUUCGACUUAAUUAUAAUCUUAAUUUUUUUUUAUUGCCAGCGAGAAUGAUAAUGAACUUUAAUCUCACUUUACCGGGAUUUCCAAUUACAUCCCGGUGUGGUGGUAUGCGAAAUCAGAUUUUUACUUUGACUUGUUAUUCUAAUUUGACAGCUGCCAUUUUUGACGUUUUUGUAAAAAUAUUCUUAUAUUGAAAAGACAGAAUGUGGGAAAAUUAUAUAUAAUCGCUGGACGUAGCUUCUCGAGAUCUUCAAAAAAGUCUCAGUAAAUAACUACCAUUUUACUGAUAUUAUAUUUCAUCUCACAUCAUCUCAUUACACUUAAUUUCAUGUCGAUUGAUUAAUGUUUCAUAUUAAUCAACUUAAUUUCGCUCCAUAUCGUUUUUCAUUAAAAAAAAGAAUACACGAAAGAUUAGGCUGUAUGGAAUGAUACCGUUGCCUUUCCAAUUGGCAAAAGAGAACUACUAAUUGAUUUAUGAAAUCAAAUCCGGAUUCGAAUUCCAUUAUUAUAAUAAUUAUUAUUAAAUCAAUCGAGUAUUUUAUAUCUGAAAACAGUAUGUUGCAUCAUAUUAAUAUUGUUGUGCUCGUACUGUUACGCGCUGGGGCUCGGGAUAAAGAAAAAUUCCAACUAAAUACAAAUUAAAACACUAUUUAACACU